AUGUAUGAUUCCACUAUUGAAGAAUAUCUUAACACUACCAAAUACAAUGAAUGGUCGAUUCUAUCUAUCUUGAAAUACACGGAAUCCAAGCAUAAUUUGUAUAUUGAUAAUAUUAACAUCCUCAAGAAUGAGAUUUAUACUGUGAUACGACGUCACUAUUCUCGAGAAAAUAUGCAAAAACGGGCGAUCAUGAACGGUUCGAUCACUCCAAAACGUCAAUCAACUGAUACUAGUAAUCUUGAUGGCACGAGUAGUAUUUCUGGAAUGGCCGCACAAUCAAGAAAUGAUAUUUAUAAUAAUAACCUUAAUGAUUAUAUAAUUGGUGGUCAACGAAAUAUGACAGUUGCCUACAAUAUGAAUGCAUUUAAAGAUCAUCGCCAGAAUGAGAAUGUAUUAAAGGAAUUACAUGAAGAAGAAUAUUCUGACAGUACAGACGAAAAUACAAAUGAGGUUGUUUCAGAAAACGACAUCUCUGAUACUGAUGUAGAUGAUCUUAAUUAUACUGAUGAACUUGAAACUACGAAUAUAAGAGAGGAUGAGCCUGAUGACGAAUGGAUUCUUUCAACAGGGAAAAAUGUUUGUAAGGUUUUAAAAGAGUUUAAAUCCAAAAUUCCAUCGACAAAAGCCUACCUUUACCCAGCAUACUUUGGGAUACUUGAUCUAUCGGGCGAAGAGCCAGAAAUUAUGAAGUUAUUUACUGUCGAAGAAUGGACUGAAAUGAAGUCAGACUUUAACAAGACCGUGGUUCUUAAGGAAAUGGAUGCAAAAGAGGAGGAGUUACUCUAUGUCUUAUUUGACAAAAUUGAGAAUAUAAAUGCAUUAUUUUUUGAAUUUGUUCUGUGUGAGAUUUUAUUGAUGUUUAAUAUCAUCCAGGUACUUAAGAGAAAAUCAGAUGAUAUAGUCACGGAUAUAGAAGAAUGUAUCAUUAAGGGGUACCCAAAGAUAAAUUUAAUCAGAAGAUUAAUUCAAACAUAUGCCUACAAUUUGGAUCGGUUGAAGCUAUUCAUGUCAGAAGGUUCUUUCUCAAAUAACUUUACCAAUAUGAUAACCAAGGGUAUUAUCACAUAUUAUCAGAAAUUCGCGUAUGAUGAGUUCAGAGAAAUUCAAAGUCUCGCAUCAGCGAUGAUUGCAAACUUAAAUAAGAAACUAGUUGACAGAUCGUUGAUUGGGCAACGUUGUGAUUUUAGGAUUACCUGUGAUGGUUUUGAGGCAGUCAUUGGACUGCGAUCCGGAGGACUACCUGAAGCUUGUAGUUCAAAAAAAUGUAAUGAUAAAGUCGACCUCAUGGUUGCAAUGCGUGAUGUCUUGUUCCAGGAAGCAAUAGAAAACAAUGGUGUGGAAUGUACAGACUUUAAAAAUUUGUAUACACUUGGCGUACAUUCUUAUGGUUUUUACUACAACUUGUAUGCGAUGGAUUGGAAGGCAAGAGGACUGUGGCGGUUAGGCCUUUUGAAGAAGAUAAAGUUGCCUCAAUCAAACAAUCAAUUAUUAAUGAUUGAAAAGUUAACAACAUUGCUGUUGAGAAUUGAAUCAACUUUAAACCACAUUGUGACUAUUCGGAAUGAACUGGCAGUCAAGGCAUCACGAUUGCACCGAGAUCGACGCAGCUCAGUUCAUCCAAAACCAUAUACAUUUGCUGAGCAAGGACGUGUAAGGCGUAAACGUAUUCAAAAAGAUAAUUAA